GUCGCGUGCGGAGAGUCGCGUGUCGGGCAGCGACCGCCGCCCCUCUUCUUCUUCUGCUGCUGCUCCUGUAAAGAUGCUGAAGGACAUUAAAAUCGAAGAUCGUCUCCAGACCGACAGCAGCUCUCUGAGGAUGAUGAUGAUGAUGAAGGACUCUCCUCAUCAGGCUGUGUGUGCGGGCUGCACGCGCAUCAUCUCAGACCGCUUCCUGAUGUGGGUCAACGACGCCUCUUGGCACGAGCAGUGUCUGCAGUGCGCCGCGUGCCAGCAGCCGCUCACCGCCACCUGCUACAUGAAGGACACCAAACUGUUCUGCAGGAGCGACUACCAACGGUUAUUUUUCACAAAGUGCAGCGGAUGUCUGAAGGAAAUAUCACCAACUGAGUUUGUGAUGCGAGCUCUGGAGAGUGUUUACCACCUCAGCUGCUUCUGCUGCUCCAUCUGUGAGCGUCAGCUCUGCAAAGGGGACGAGUUUGUCCUGAAGGACGGUGAGCUGCUAUGCAAGAGUGACUACAAGAGGGACACGAACCUACUUGGUACAAUCAGUCCAGAAAACUCAGACUCAGAGAAGAGUGAUGAUGAGGACUUGGAUGUGAAGUCAGAGAAAUUCCUCGCUGCAGGGAACAGCAGCGAUGAGAGCAAGGAUCCCCGUCGGCCCAAACGGCCUCGGACCAUCCUCACAACGCAGCAGAGGAGGGCCUUUAAGGCCUCAUUUGAGGUGUCCUCUAAACCCUGCAGGAAGGUGAGAGAAACCCUGGCUGCAGAGACUGGACUGAGCGUUCGUGUGGUUCAAGUCUGGUUCCAGAACCAGAGAGCAAAGAUGAAGAAGUUAGCUCGUAGACAACAGCAACAGCAGGAGCAGCACAACAGCCAACGGCUCGGCCAAGAGGUCAUGUCUGGUUGUAUGGAAGGUCUGCUCAGCUCCUACUCAGGGUCUCUACCUCCAAACCAACAGCAGUUGGUGACCAGCAGCUACAACACUGACCCCUUCCAGCAGGGCCUCACCCCUCCACAGAUGCCUGGUGACCACAUGAACCCCUACGGUAGUGACUCCAUUUUCUACGACAUGGACAGCGACGCCUCCCUGACGAGUCUAAAUGACUGCUUCAUUGCUGCUGCAGAUGUAGGCUCUCUGAAGGCACCGACAGGAAACCCCAUCGACCACCUUUACUCCAUGCACAGCUCCUACUUUGCUUCCUGAGGCCUCACCCACCAAAUCUUCUUCUAGACUAACAGACUCCAGACCACCAAAUAGUCCUGCAAGACAUCCGUUAUCAAGCAAAACUGCAGAAUCUACCGUCUCCUGACCUACUGACCUCCACCACCAAAGACAAGGGAAUGCUUACAAUAAAUAUACAUUCAUUUAGGAGUUUUAACACAGCAAAUUUCACUUUUCAGCAAACAGUUAAUAUCUGUACAGUCAGAACGGUAACUAAGUGGGACAAAAUCAAAAUAGACAAAAUAUUUUUUUUUUUCCAAAUCAAACUGUGUUCUCCUAGCAUUAGGUUUCUUUUCAGGCAUUACAGUAUAGAUAAUUAGUAAUAUUGCAAGCUAUUUGACUUGAAUAUUAGCCAAACAUUGCUCUGCUAAUGCGAUUUUAGCUAAAUACAAAGCUUUCUGGUUUAAAAGUGGAACAUUUUUUGUGAGCCAGCUGAUUCUCAGCUGUUUGUAAAUGUAUAUAAUGGAACAUCUAUAAUCGCCAUUCUUAAGGACACAUCCAGCAUUGCACGUUAGUAAGGAUGAAAAGUAUUUAUUUCUUAUUAGCAUGCAUUAACAAUAAAUCAAAACAUUUCUAUUUAAAAUGACCAUACAAUCCCACUGUAAAGUACAAAAUUGUUAUUUAUCCAUGUUUGUAUUGUUCUUUUUCUGUGCAAGUUAGUAUUUGUUAUUUAUUUUUCAUUUACAUCAUUAAGGCAUUGUCUAGGAGUUAUUCUAUAUUUGUCAACUUACCAAAGUGGUAGUACUUCAAAUAAACAAAAUGUUCUCCUGGAUUCCAGUGUCACUUUCUUUAAGGGUGG